CAGCGCAAGGAUGCGCCCACCCCGACGCAAACCGUAUCCGGGCUCCCCCUCCCACGCCGCCGCUCCGUCCGGACGCGCCGCCACAAUCCGCCGCUCCCGGCCGGCCGCCGGCCCUCCAUUCCACGGAUCCGCUGCCCUGCACCCACGACACACCGGAUUUGGGGCCGCCGUCGAAGUCGCCAGCAACGCGCGUCAAGUUUGGGGCCGGACCGGCGGCCGGUGUUCGGCCCCGCGCCCGGCGCGCCAGCUCACGGAUCAGCCACCGUCCGCCCCCAUUCCUUCUCCUUCCCCGGCGCGCGGCCGUCUGCCGCCGUCGAAUCCCUCCCCGGCGUUGAUUUGUUGCAGAUCCAGAGCCGUUAGUUUGGGAGGUUUGGGUCCCGAGAAACAUGGAGAAAAGUUGAGGUAUAAAGCUUUUGAUGGAUGGUGACAACCGACAGGAAUGAUCUUCGAAUGCAGAAUGCGGCGUGCGGGUAUGGUUUGUCUGGGAUCGACUACGAGGACAAUGAAAAAUCCAUGGGCGCCUGCUGCUGCUUGUGCCGCCUCAUCGAUGGCCCAGGAAUCAAGUGGCGAGAAUAUGGAUCGAUCAAAGCCGAGAGCGCUUGCUACAGGAAGGUCGUGGUGGUUGCUGCCUCUGCUUCUUUACCUCGCCGCCAUUGCUCCCGCCGGCCUACUCCAAGCUCGUGCUCAGCCCGACAGCAACGGUUUCAUCACCUUAGACUGUGGUCUGCCUGGGCCGAGCUACGUGGACGGCACCACCAACCUGACAUACCACCCAGAUGACGCUUUCACCGACGCCGGCGAGAAACACAACAUCUCGCAAACGGAGUACAAAAUGCUCUUUGGAUCCUUACGCAGCUUCCCUGACGGGAAGCGCAACUGCUACACCCUCCAAUCCCUCACUGCCGGGAACAAGUACCUCAUCCGGGCCAACUUCAUGUACGGCAACUAUGACGGCCUCAACAAGCCGCCCGACUUUGAUCUCUACAUAGGCGUCAACUUCUGGCAAACAGUGGACGGUUGGACCCAGGAAGGAGCCGCACUAACCUGGGAAGCCAUCGUAACCGUGCCGGACAACUUCGUACAGGUUUGCCUGGUAAAAACCAGUGACACCACGCCGUUUAUCUCCGGGCUAGAGCUAAGGCCUCUCAAGAGCUCCAUGUAUCCGCAAGUGAAUGCGACGCAGGGGCUGUCCUUUCUUCGCAGGUACAACCUCGGCGUGACAGACAACUACGUCAGAUACCCUGAUGAUCCAUAUGAUAGAGUAUGGUUCCCCCAGAAGAUCGAUGAAACUACUGUCAUUUCCACGGAUAAGAUGGUGCAAAACUCUGACAAGGACGAAUUUGAAGUUCCGUCAAAGGUGAUGCAGACGGCGAUCAUCUCACACAAUGCUUCCGACAACAUUAUCUUGGGAUGGUCCCUCACCCCGGACCCACCACCACCAGGGUGCAUCUUCAUCUUGUACUUUUCUGAGAUAGAGCCCCUCCCUGACAAAGCUGUACGACAGUUCUACACCAAAAUUAAUGACGAAGUCGGGCAAGACUACAUGCCCCGGUACCUUCAAUCAGGUGCCAUCUUCAACAAGAACCCCCAAAGAGGCAACGGCCAGUACACUGCUACUAUCAAGGCCACCGCCAGCUCAACGUUGCCGCCAAUCAUCAACGCCUACGAGCUUUUCUUUGUAAUCUCCACGGCCAAAUUUGGGACAGAAUCCCAGGACGUAUCUGCCAUAACGGCGAUCAAGAUUAAGUACCGAGUGACAAAAAAUUGGACGGGUGACCCUUGCGAUUCUUUCACAUGGACUGGGUUAAGAUGCAGGUCUGCCAUUUCUGCUCGUCCAAGAAUUACCAGCGUAAACAUGUCUUUCAGCAGUCUGAACGGCGACAUAUCACCUACCUUCGCAAAUCUCACAGCCGUCCAAUACAUAAACCUGUCAUACAACAAUCUCACAGGCACAAUUCCUGACGUGCUGUCGCAGUUACCUUCACUAACAACUCUUGAUUUGACGGGUAACAACCUUAGUGGAUCAAUUCCUCCUGGACUUCGAAAAAAGAUUCAAGAUGGCGUCUUAAAAAUAAAAUAUGACAACAACCCAAACUUAUGCACCCAUGGCGAUUCAUGUACGACAACCAAAGAGAAGAGUAGGCUAGGCAUCUACAUUGCUGUUCCUGUAGCUGUGACUUUGCUGGUAGUAUCAGUGAUAGUACUUGUUUUCUUGCUAAAGCGAAAAAGGAAAGAUGACGCGCACAGUUCGCUGCAGCUCCAGAACCGGCGGUUCACCUAUAAGGAGCUGGAGAUGGCCACGAAAAACUUCCGAAAUGUGAUCGGCCAGGGUGGCUUCGGGAAAGUCUACCAUGGAUCCUUGGAGGAUGACACUCAGGUGGCAGUGAAGAUGCCAUCCAAGUCAUCGCCCAAACAGGUUAUGGAGCAGUUCCUCAUGGAGGCUCAGAUCUUAACAAGGAUUCAUCAUAAGAAUCUCAUUUCCUUGAUCGGAUACUGCAAAGAUGAGAAGCACGUGGCACUUGUCUACGAGUACAUGUCUAAAGGAAACCUCGAAUAUCACAUCAAAGAACAAAAUUUAACAUGGAGACAGAGAGUCCAAAUAGCGCUGGAAUCAGCACAAGGGCUGGAGUAUCUACAUAAGGGUUGCAACCCGCCUCUCAUUCACAGGGACGUCAAGACGGCCAACAUUCUACUAAACGAGAAGCUGGAGGCCAAGGUCGCCGAUUUUGGCAUUUCAAAGGCUUUCAAUCUUGACAAGUGCAGUACUUAUGUGUCGACAGAAAAUGUUGUUGGUACGCGAGGAUACCUAGAUCCAGAAUACCAUGCCACAAUGCGACUGACAAGGAAGAGUGACGUAUUCAGCUUCGGCGUGGUGCUGCUGGAGUUGAUCACGGGGAAGCCAGCAAUUCUGCCUGCCCCGGAUUUUAUUAGUAUCAUCCAAUGGACGUCGCGGCGCUUGAGGUGCGGCGAGAUUGAGAGCGUCGUGGAUGAGCGCAUGAAUGGCGACCAUGACAUCAACAGCAUCUGGAAGGCAGCUAACGUUGCUCGUGACUGCACUGCACCCACUUCGACGGAGCGGCCUACCAUGACCGACGUGGUUGCGCAGCUGCAGGAGUGCCUGGUGCUAGAAGAAGCCCGUGCAGGUGUUGACACUGGCAACAGCGGCGAUCUCAACUCGAAUUACAGCACAAAUGCGAACACUGCUAAUGCUAGUCAGCGUAGCGCUGCGUUUGAGAUGGUGGAAAUGAUGGACACUGGUCCUGCCACAAGAUGAAGGCUUCCUUGAAGUCUGUUUCAACCACUAGUAUUUUCUUAAUAAGAUAUUGAUGGUGUGUUUUCUAGUGUAUACGAGUGUCGUGCCAUGGACAUGUGCAGCACGAUCUCAGUUCUCAAAAAGGCUUUGAACA